ACGCAGCGGUCGCGAGGGAAUUUAAGCAGGUUUGUCCAUAAGGAAAAGUUGGAGUGACUGUAAUUGUGAUGAAGCAACAAUGUCUUCAGUUGAGUAUUUGAGAGGGUUUGUCAGCGAGAGACUAACUGCUGCUGCUGAAGAAAUAUUGGGAGUUUUUGAGAAAACUAUCGUCGAGUACGAGAAAGAGAUCGACCGUCAGCGCAUACUGUUGGAUAUAGUUUGGAAACCGGAAGUAAGGUUAUACAGGACAGAGCUCCCACAGCAAGAUGUGUGUAAGGAGGAGGAGGUUGUCGCUGAGCAGCAGCUCUGUAUUGAGGAGAGGAGCUCCAGUGUGGACCAAGAGGAGCCAGAGCCUCCACAGAUUAAAGAGGAAGAGGAGGAAGUGUGCAGCAGUCAGGAGGGAGAGCAGCUUGAAGUGAAGCAGGAGACUGAGACCUUUCUAGUGACUCCUAGUGAUGAGGAAAGUGAGCAGCAGCUCCUCUGUCACAGCUCUCAUGGAGCUGAGAGUGAAGAUGAGGAAGGAGACGAGCAAGGAGACUCAACAUCAAGUGGAGAAGCAGAGCCAGAAGAACAGAAUAGACGUAACAAGCGCAGAAGUCACACUAAGCGUGUAGACAACCCCAACUUAUCAGAGAUUGAUCAUAAUACUCACACAGGUAAAACACCUUUUAAAUGUGAAACUUGUGGGAAAGCUUUCAAGUUUCAGUCUCGUUUUAAUUUACACCUGAGAAUCCACACAGGAGAGAAGCCGUAUUGUUGUAAGACAUGUGGGAAAACAUUCAGUCAUAUGUCAACUCUGAACGUUCAUAAAAGAGUCCACACAGGUGAGAAGCCGUAUUGUUGCAACACAUGUGGAAAAGAUUUCCGAUGUAAGAGUCACUUGAUUCGCCACAUGAGAAUCCACACAGGAGAGAAGCCGUUUGAAUGUGAGAUAUGCGGGAAAGAUUUCACACAAAGAGCUCUCUUGAAAGAACACCUGACAUUCCACACAGGUGAGAAGCCAUAUUCUUGCAUCACAUGUGGGAAAGGAUUCUCUCGGACAACACAUUUGAAAAUUCACGCAAGAAUCCACACAGGUGAGAAGCCGUAUUCCUGCAAGACCUGUGGAAAACAUUUUCGACAUAAUAAUGCCUUGUUAGUCCACAUGAGAGUCCACACAGCUGAGAGACCGCAUUCUUGCAAAACCUGUGGAAAAGAUUUUCGACGGAGCAGUACCUUGUUAGUCCACAUUGGAAGAGCCCACACCGGUGAGAAGCCGUACCUUUGCAACAUCUGCGGGAAAAGAUACUUUAAUGGGUCCCAUUUAACAAGGCACAUGAAAUCACAUACAGGCAAGUAGCCUUGUAUUUCAGAAAACAUAUCGGAGACAAUUCAGUUCUCAUGGCUCAUGGUUUAAAUUCACAGGAGCUCAGAGAAAUGAGGAGCCAUAGAAUAAUAGCAUGUUGAAAAACACACUUAAAAAAAACUCCCAACACAUCUUGCCAACUUGGGUGUUGUCUUUUUUUUGAUAUUUUUUUUGGUGUUUUGUAAAUGCAUCAACACCACAGCUGACUACAAACUAAACUGUAGAUGAUGUACUCCAUGGUGCUGUCAACAGAUCAGCUUAUAAAGUAGUAAUGAAAGUGAAUGAAUAUUAAUGAUCUGUGCCCAAAGACAUGUGUUCUCUUUUUUUAACUCAUCUAUGUAUCCAAACACUAAAGCUUUGUACUGUGAUGAUUUAACAAUAAUAAACCCUCUAGAGGUGUUGGAUCACUUACGUUUUCAUCCUGCCUACCAGUUCUUUUUUUGUCUGCAGCAUUUCUCUGAGCUGUGUAUUGUCAUGUAUUAUGGUUGGUG